AUGCCGUCAGCGUCGACGAUAUCUGUUGUGAGUGCGAUCAGUGGUGUUGCCGUUCUCGGCGCUCUUCUCACCGCCGUUGUCAUCUUCAACGAUAUCAACAAGUUUUACUAUGAAACGAUGGAAACGUUUGAUGGGUUCAAGAUCAACGAGAAGAAUGCCUGGGAUAACAUGGUGAUGUCCACUCGCUCACCAAAGGAGAUGCUUUUGGGCCGUGCUAAGCGUCAAGCUCUCCCAGACUGUCAGGCCCUUGCAAAGAACUGCCCACCAGGACCACCAGGACCACCAGGAGCUCCAGGAGCCGCUGGAGAGCCAGGAAGUGAUGGAGAUGCUGGAAAACCAGGAAUCAACGGAGUCGCCAUUCAAUUCGCUGCUGCCGCCGGAGGAGCCUGCAUCCAGUGCCCUGCUGGAGAACCCGGACCAGCAGGAGCUCCAGGAGCCCCAGGACUAGCAGGACCAGACGGAAAACCAGGAACCGACGGGCAAGGAGGAGCUCCAGGACCAGCAGGACCAGAAGGACCAGCCGGAGACGCUGGAGCACCAGGAGCACCAGGAGCCCCAGGAAGCGACGGACAGCCAGGAAAGGACGGACAAAGAUCCACUGGAACCCCAGGAGCCGCCGGAGCUCCAGGACCACAAGGAACAGCUGGAACUGAUGGACAGCCAGGAGCCGCUGGAGCCCCAGGAGCACCAGGACCAGCUGGAGCACCAGGACCAGACGGACAACCAGGAUCCAACGGACAACCAGGACCAGACGGAGAACAAGGACACGAUGGACAGCCAGGAGCUGAUGCUGCCUACUGUCCAUGCCCAUCUAGAUCUUCUGUUCGUCAGUAG